CAGUCGCGCGCUGAUGAGGCAGCCCGGAGGAGGCGGAGCAGGCGGCGGGAGAAGGAAGCCGGAGCGACGGCGAGGCCAUUCCAGCCUUUCAGCUAGACUUCUUUCAUCAUGGGGGAAAGAAAAGGAGUCAAUAAGUAUUACCCACCUGAUUUUGAUCCAGCCAAGCAUGGCUCCCUUAAUAAGUACCGCAACAGCCAUCCGCUACGGGAAAGAGCCCGUAAACUCUCCCAAGGUAUCCUCAUCAUCAGGUUUGAGAUGCCUUAUAAUAUCUGGUGUGACGGCUGCCAGAACCACAUUGGCAUGGGUGUUCGCUACAAUGCUGAGAAGAAGAAGGUUGGCAACUACUACACAACCCCUAUUUACAGGUUCCGUAUGAAAUGUCAUCUUUGCCCCAACCACAUUGAGAUGCAGACAGACCCAGCCAACUGUGAUUAUGUCAUCGUCAGCGGUGCCCGGCGCAAGGAAGAGCGCUGGGAUGUGGAAGCGAAUGAGCAGAUAGUGGCCACAGCCCAUGAGGAGAAGCAGAAGCUGGAGACAGAUGCCAUGUAUCGGUUGGAGCAUGGCUCAAAGGAUCAGAGCAAGCUACAGCGAGCCCUCCCCACCCUGCAGAACAUCCAAGAGGCUCAGAGCGCCUGGAAAGAUGACUUUGCGCUCAACAGCCGCCUUCGCCGGAAAUUCAGGGAAGAAAAGAAAGUCCUGCAAGAGGAGGAGAAGAAAGAUCUCGCCCUGCAGUCAAAAGCAAGCCUGAGCAUCCCGCUUGUGAGAGAGUCUGACGAAGACCGCCAUCUGGCGGCGCUGCUCAAGUACCAGAGCCUUGGCUCUUAUGAAGAUAAACAGAAGCAGAAACGCAGUGAGAUCGUUGACCGCCCAUGGUUUUCAUCUGCCCAGGUCUCGAGCCCCAAAGCCAAUGACACCCUGAAAAAGCUGGCACUCUCGGGGAAAUCCCCAGCUGGCAAGCUACCCGUAGCGAUGAACGACCUGGGUGUUGUGCGUCGGAAAUCCAGGGAUAGGGAACAAGCUUCAGCCGAGGAGGAGAGUGAGGCUUCAGAUCCCACAUCCUGCGUUAACAGGCAGGACCAGGAAAGUGCAGUGAGGAAAGUGUCGCUUGACUCUCUCACAGGGCCUGAAGUGGGCUCCCAAAAGGCUGAAGGAAGCCCCCUAUCCCAUUUUGCUACCUCUCUUGUUGCAGAUUAUUCUGAUUCUGCAUCUGAUCCUGAAGCUGAACUGUGAACAGAGUUUUGUGGCUCUGGGAUAGAAUGUGACUGGACCUGAUGUACAAAUUGUCAUCCCCACCCAAACCAACAAAAGACUGUGCAGUUGUUAUGCCCAUCAGUUGAAUGUCUGAAUAGGGGUGUGUGUGUGUGUGUGUGUGUGUGCGCGCGCGCGCGCCCUUGGGAGUUUCAUUUUGCUGCCUUUCCUUGAGCUAUUUGCACCUGUGUCCCUGGUUAUUUAAGCAUGACCCCUUCCUUGUUUUGUCCAACAUACCACAAAAUAAACACAGCUAUCCCUAUAA